AUGAAGACCGAUGUGUGUCGUUUUACUACCAAGUGAACCGACGUCAGUUCUAUCUGGACGUCUAUGUCCUUCCCGAAGGAUCUAAUACGUAUGAACGUGUAUGGGAAUUACCUGGACCAGUACAGAAAGACACGUGGCUGUUUGCCGAAGUCGAUGUUUCUGAAAAGGAGAUAGCCAUCGCUGGCUGGAUCGGCCGUAGAAGAUCAAGGGUCUCUGUAGACAACAUCAAAGUCUCACUUGGAACAUGCGCGAGUUUGAGCAUGUGUAAUUCCAACACAUGUGCGAAUGGCGGAACCUGCACAGGAACAAGCCAGAGUUUCACUUGCACGUGUGCUGCUGGGUACCAAGGUACCACGUGUACGGACAUAGACCCAUGUACCCCCAACCCCUGUGAGAAUGGUGGAACUUGCGUACCAGAAUCUGAUGGCAGUUCUUCGUGCAUAUGUGCUGCUGGUUUCUCGGGUAGCUUGUGUGAUACUGAAGAUCCUGAAAUUAUGGCCUGCUCGUUUGAGGAUGGGGAGCAAACCUGUUCACUGACCCAAGUAAACUACGACUACUUUAACUGGAUUAUCAAUACAAAUUCUACAUCGAUACCAAGUUCUGCUCCAAUCAGCGCUUAUGAUGGGGACAAGUACAUGUACAUAGACACCGCAGGAAAGGACGUCGGUACCUAUGGCAUGCUGGUAGCUCACGACUUACCAGAUGAGGUUAAGUGUCUGACGUUUAAUUACCACAUGAAAGGAGCACAUCACUAUCUUCAGAUAUAUACUGCUGACAACUAUACCUUUGAGCUCCAGUGGCAAAAGUCAGGCGACCAAGGCAACGAUUGGAAUAGCGCAACAUUCCGAAUCCGCUCUCGUUUCAUUGAGGUAUACUUUGUUGGUGUGGUGGGGAGCUAUGCAGCCGACCUUAUUGCCAUUGACAACGUUCGAAUACUGAGAGGCGAUUGUUCAUAAGAACCUGGCUAGACGAAUACCCAACAAAGACCCGUGCCAUAUUUUCAUAACAUUCUUUUUUUUUAAUUUCACUCUUUCUUGUCAAAUAUAAUCAUAUUAAUCCAGAUUUUUAUAUUCUUUAUACCCUUUUUCUGCUUUUAUACAACUAUUAUCUAUUUUGCGCAAUAAACGACAU